AUGAAAGGCAAAAGGCUCGAGCCUCAUGUGAAAUGCCUGGAGAAAGAAGUGGAGAAUGAGCUACAUGAGUUCGAUAAGUUUUGCCACUUCAGAGAUACUCUAGUGAUGGUAUCCAAGAAGGAAAGUGUUAAUAAGGAGUCUCUACUAAGGCCGCUGAGCAGAACAGCCGAAGUGCUCGGCGAACUGGGUCCUCGUGCACAACGGUCUGUUAGGGAAGAACUUCCACAGCAGUGCCAAUACAUCGUUGACAAGGAAAAUUUAGACAAAAUUAUUGACGGGAUCCCGCCGGAGGUGAAAACUGAGGAAUGGCUUCGAAGCAAUUAUGAUAUGAAGAACUUUAGGGUGUUCUAA